CCGUUUGACAGUCCGUCAUUUCAGGAAUCAGGAUGCACACUCACGCCCACUCCUUCUGGGCGUAGCGAGCAAAUUCCCACUAACCCGAAGCGUAGCCUUCAUGGGGUCCAAUGGCGACAAGGAGCCACGUGUCACGUCGUCACGUCAUCGCAGCCGCGAUUUCGCCAUCCGUCCGCUCCUCCGGGUUCCAGAUAGAUUGCUAUGCUCAGACUGCUUACCCUCAGAGCGAUUACUCUCAGAACGCCUUCUCGCGUCGUGCUCUCCCUUCUGCCGUCCGGUCCUCCGCCAAUCCUCUUCGCCAACCACCAGUUCCCUAGAAGCCUUUGGUGACGCCAGCGUCCGUCAUGCUGACGCCAGCGACGCUGCCCACGCUACAGAAAGGGACUGGUUUGACGAAAGGGACGGGUUUGACGGCAGUAGCGGAUCAUUUUCGAGUUCGCACCGGAUUUCGGAGCGGCUGACACGUGUCAUCAGAUCCCUGUGCCGCUGCUUGCCGUGGCGAUGCAUGGAGGGUGAGGAUGCUGCCUUGCAUCGGCUGAGGGGAGCAGAGAGAGAGAAAGAUGGAGAGGAAGAGGAGGAGCCGAGGGAGGAGGAGAAGGAGGAGGAAAGGGAGGAGGAAAGGGGGGAGGAAAGGGGGGAGGAAAGGGGGGAGGAAAAGGAGGAGGAAAAUCAGGAGGGAAAGGAGAAGGUUAGGAAGGAGGGAGAGGCGGAGGUGAGGGGGGGGGAGGAAGAGGAGGAACAGCCUCAGGUGUAUCUGAGAUUCGAAAACCAGGCGCAAUCUGCAGUAGACGUGCUGUGGCUGUCGCACACAGGCGACGAGCACUGGUACUACUCGCUCGCCCCUGCCUGCUGCAACACCCAGGCCACCUUUGAGGGCAAUGUGUGGCUGAUCCGAGAUGUGGCAACUAAAGAAGCGUCUCAUAGGGUCAAGGUGGGCACGUGUUCGACACUUGGCAAUCGCCAGAAGUACCUCAUUCAGCCGCGCCCACCCCGCCACAUGAUGUCACAACCACAGCACAGGCUGCGUGGCGUUGUUAAUGCAGCGGUUGCCGAUGGUGGUGGUGAUGGUGGUGAUGGUGGUGGUGAUGCUGAUGCUGGUAGCAGCAGCGGCAAGCCACUUGUGGUGGAAGAUGCAGCAGAGAGGGAUGUGCGCGUGCCAUCGUGCUACAAGCAGGUGGUGGCGACAUCAGUGGGCAUCCCUGUGGUGGCUUGCGGCCACGUGUGCAUGGAAGCCCUGUGUGCGGCUGCUGACAUCGUUGAGCACAUGCUGGAGCACUGCCCCGCUAGCCUUGUCGCACGACUACGAGACAACUGGUGCAAGGUGGCGGUGAUCGGCAGAGCGCAGGUCACAACUGACAUCCUGGAGCAUUCGCAUUUGCGGGGGAGUCGCACAGACGAUGAUAGGGACUGGGAUUGCGAGGUGCGUGGUUUGGGCGGCACCAUGGUCAUCCCUACGUGCUCGGUCGGCGAGGAAAAUCUUCUGCGCUGCCCGGAUGAUCGGUACCGGGAAGAGAGCAUACUGGUGCAUGAGUUUGCACAUACAGUCAUGGAGGUCGGGUUUGACGAGUCCAUGAUGCACCGAAUCUCUCAGUGCUUUUUGAACUCCAAGCACCUGUAUCCAUCAUCUGCAUACAUAGUGGCCAACAAGGAGGAGUACUGGGCGGAGGGUAGCCAGUCAUGGUUUAAUGCGAGUGUGCGUGAGGACGUAAAUGGCGGGGUGAUUACUCGUGAACAAUUGAUUUCUCAUGAUGCAGAGCUUGCAGGAUUUUUUCUGGAAGUGUAUGGGGAUGGGAAGUGGAGAUUCGAUUUUACACCUAUUGUUGUGGCCUUGCCAAAUGUUGCACGCACAAUUGUUUCAUAAUACAAAAUUUUCGUACUUGU